AUGCUGGAUGUCCAAAGUUACGAUCGUUGUGAACUCCUGGUACGUUACGUGCGGCGGGUCACCGAGCCCGCUGAACGGCGUCAAAGCGAUGCUCGUAGCGCACGCGCUAUCACAAUCAAAAUCGAGGGUGUCGGCAACGGAAGCUUGCCAUAUUCCUUGCGGAACCCCAACAUGCCUUGUGGACCUGUUUCUGUAUGUAAAAGGUACCUGUACGAGUUUCUGUACGGGUGGCUGAUAUCUUCGUUGACUCGGGCCGACACCUUCCUGGUGGACCAGGAACAGGUUGUCAACGCCCGUGUACGUCGCAACAAGCCCAGGAAGAAGAAGACACGACCUUACACGCGUGAGAUCGUGUUCCACCAGGCACUGCAGAACAUGUGUGGUGGAUACUACAAGGCCAUGUUGGGGUUCCGGCAGGAUGGCAAGCUUCCGUUGCCGCACCCUGAGUUUGAUUGUGAGCGCGUGCGCUACGAGCACCGCUUUGCGCCGUUCAGCGGGCUGGUGACGCCGCCGCCCGUACAGUACCAGGAGUUCCACGAUGUGACCUUGACACUCCAGCACUCCCCCAGUCAGAACCUGUACACUCACGGCUGCAAGCACUUCCACCAGGCCAGAACGCUGCUGGAGUCCAUCACCAACCCAGACACUGAGAUAAACGAGUUGCUGCGUGUGACCAAGACCAACUUCGUGGUGCUGAAGCUGCUGGCGACUGGUCACAAGAGAGAAAGCUCCAAUCCUCCUGAAUUCGACUUCUCCUACCACCACCACUUUCCCAUCAUCAAGAUACAUUAACAUUGUACUCUAGUCAACAGUCAGACUGUCAUUAUGUUAUAAUUUAUUGUUUAUUAUUAAUAAAUUUAUCAUUUCAUA